GCCUGCGAGGAUGAAGCGGCUGUGCGAGGAGAGCUCGUCCGACACGGAGUCGGACGGCACCAUCGACGUGGGCCGGGAGGAGGAGUACAGCCAUGUUUCCAGGUCUGUGUCUCCCACUACGACAUCUCAGAUACAAGCCAGGAAGAAACGGAGAGGGAUCAUUGAGAAGCGGCGCCGUGACCGCAUCAACAGCAGCCUCUCCGAACUGCGGCGCCUGGUGCCCACCGCCUUCGAGAAACAGGGGUCUUCCAAGCUGGAGAAGGCAGAAAUUCUACAAAUGACAGUAGAUCACUUAAAAAUGCUUCAUGCCACUGGAGGAACAGGCUUCUUAGAUGCUCGAGCUCUGGCCGUGGAUUACAGGAGUAUCGGCUUCCGCGAAUGUCUCACUGAAGUUGUCAGGUACCUAGGUGUCCUCGAGGGCCAAAACGCUGCCGACCCCAUCCGGCUGCGACUCCUCUCCCACCUCAAUAAUUACGUGGCAGAAAUGGAGCCUUCGCCUGUGGCCACUUCCCUCCUGCCCAUCCAGACGUGGCCGUGGUCCUUCCUCCACAGCACUGCUGGCCCCGUGCAAAUCCCCAGGAGGGAGGCUGCUCCCGCUCCGGUUGUUUUGACUGCAUCUUCCCUGGCUUACCCAAGCACUGCUGUGAGGCCAGCCCCGCUUCGCCGUGUCCCCAGCGACAUGCUGCCGUCCCGCCGAAGCUUCCUGGCCAGCAGAAUGGCCUCUUCCAGCCGGAGGGCCCGAGGCACGGGCUCGUCUGCAGCUGUAGCAGCUGUGCCCAGGAUGCCGUCGCCAGCGGGCGUGUUGAGAGAGGGUUCGUCCAAGAGCAGCCAAAUCGCGACGUUCCUCUUCUCGCCAGCCUCCGCCGGCGUCCCUGUUCCACCGGCUUACACGGUGCCUCCCGCCUUGGGUGCUGCUGCGCAGGGACCGGGGAUCAGGGUUGGGACAUCCAGGAUCUGCCGCUCCUGGGCGACUGAAAUCGGGGCUUUCUGACCCUCCCCUCCCCUUCGGAGACAGGAAUUCUUCAGCACUCGUUGCCCACAGGCCUAAGAACAAACUCAGUUGAAAAGGCAUCUUUCCUGCUUUGCAGAAGCCAAGGAUCCAUAAAGAAAAUUCUCUUUACUCUUCCCUCCCUCCUCGCACUGCCUUCCUUGCCUCACCAUCACAUGUCCUCUCCCUCGUGAUGCCUGCAAACGUAAAUCACAUCCAAUUUGAUGCACUUGUCUGCACGCGGCUGUACUCCAGACCCUUCUGGCUACGAGGGAGGGGGCACAUGCAGAUCCCAACCCUGUCCCUCCUCCAGCAAACCCCUCUGCAGAGCCCAGCAUUGCUCUCCUUUGGAAAAAAGCCAGCCUUGAAAUACUGUCUUACUUCCUUGGGGACUCAGAGCUGCCAGACAGAGACUUGCUCAUGCUGAUUCCCUGCGAUGCGUCCCCCAGCUGCGGCACCUAAUUUUGGUGUGGUGGGAGGGACGCAGCUCACCCCUCUCCCCAGCACUGCUGGCACCCGGCAAGGCAGGCUAGAACCCCCCCAGCUCCCUUAACAAACUGGCUGCCUGCUAAUCCCCAUGCUUUCCUGGCUGCAUUACCAGCUUUUCCCACUUAUGUGCCCUUAAGGUGGAGUGAGGCAACAGCUUAACAGAGCUCGUUCCCACAGCCGAGCUGAAAUACUGCCGUGUCUUCAGGGCCUGUGCUGGGUCCCUGCACAACCCGUGCAGGAGCAGCUGGCCAGGGUGCCUGGGCGGAGGGAGGCUUCUGCAGCCCUUGCUCCACACCGAGGUGUGAAGAGGCGAGAUGAGAUGAGGUGAGACAGAGGAUUUCAAAGGGACGUCUGUCACGGAGGAGAAGGCUCUGACGGCCAAAGUGAGAAGAAAAGGCCUUUCCCUCUGCCAGUCUCCCCACUGGAGCCGUCUCUCCUCCGUCCCCUGCUGAACAGCCGUGACUGCAAAGGGGGGAGAAUAGGUCGGACCAGCCUGCAUUUGAAGUGCCUCCCUUGUUCUCUCUUAGCCCUGCAUCCCUCACCCUCUCCUCCCACAACGUCUCUGUUUUCUUUCUUCAGCACCAUGUUUUGGUCUCACAUUGCUCAUGCCUCUCCCUGGGCCAGGACGAAAAGCCACUGAGGUUUCACCGCAGACCUUGGCAAGCUCUGGGUCUGCACUUGUCCUGAUUCCCGAGAGCUUUUUCUGCCUUGGCCUGCGUGCCCCUAGAUAACUGACGCAGCAGAUAUGCCUCUGCUCCUCCAGCUGUCCUCCCCUCUUCGGGCAGAAAGGAACAGAAACUUGAAGCUCUUGAGCUACCCUGCUCCUGUGCCAUGUCCCUAACUGCCAUGGUGGCCAGGGCAGGGUCUCCCAGUGCUCCCCCUCGUCUGAACAGUCCCUGCUCCCUGCAUCUGUGCCUUGACUUGCUGGGAUACACGUGCAGAUUAGCCUGGACCCAGUUCCAUGCCCACCCCGAGGAGUCUCGCCCGCCUCUACAGCACUGUGACAUGAAAAGAGAGAAAAGUGUGGAAAGGUCAGUGCAAAGAAAGAUAAAAAAGAGGGAGAAGAUCUCUCUUGAAUGGGAGAGGCUCUCCCCACGCCUCAGGUCAAACGCACAGCCGGUUAGACCAUGUGGAUGAGCUGGGGUUUUCGUUCCUACAGAUUGUAUCUGCCAUGUGCAUGUAUGUUAUCUGCUAUUGUUUUGAAAGUGAGUCCCUCCCAGUUGUUUUGAUGAAAGUCAUCGCACUUAACACACAGAAAUGCCUCUGCUACUUCUCCUCACCCUUGUCCUGAAGUGCCAGAAUCAGCCAGGAACAACAUAUUCCCUUUUAAUAAAGUCAGAGGAGGUCCUCGCGGACCCCGGUUGUUCCUGUGGCUGGUUGGCACGCUAGAGCUCACAGCAAGUAGCCUGGCCUCACUUUACACUGUGCAGAGCUGUUAGAUUCACGAGCUGUGACAUCCAGCAAAGGUGUCAAAUAAAGUCUUUCAA